AGCUACCGGAGAGGGAGGAGAAGGGGGAGGUUAAAGGGGAAGGACCCCCGGAAGUGCCCCCUCCUCAGUGCGGGAGAGGCAGACGUCGGGGGCGGAGUCCCCUACCUCCCCCCCGGCGUGGUUGGUGCAUCCCGUGUGACGUCAGAAGCAGCCCGCCCCUGCCUGGAUGGUGCGCCCUGAGUGACGCCCAGCUUAAGUCCCCGGACGUCGCGGGACUGGAGUGCCAGCCGGUGUUGGAGGCGGAGCGGCGUCGCCGCCGCGCAGGGACCGGUCCCUCCGGCCCAGCAGCCCCUUUCCCCUCACCGCGGACUUUUACCGGACCCCAGUCAGCUGGAGGCUCUGGCGCCCGGCGACCGCGGCCCCUCCGGCCCCUGCACAGCCUCUUUCGCUCAGAAGCUCAGGUCGCCUCCAGCCCAGGCUGACGUGGGAGGGUGACUCCCUUCUGUUCCCAGCACUAUGCCGGGCACUGUGGCAACACUUCGGUUCCAGCUGCUGCCCCCGGAGCCAGAUGAUGCCUUCUGGGGAGCGCCCUGUGAACAGCCCCUGGAGCGCAGGUACGAGGCACUGCCGGCGCUCGUCUGCGUCAUGUGCUGUCUGUUUGGAGUCGUCUACUGCUUCUUCGGUUACCGUUGCUUCAAGGCAGUACUCUUUCUCACCGGGUUGCUGUUUGGCUCGGUGGUCAUCUUCCUGCUGUGCUACCGAGAGCGGGUGCUGGAGACGCAGCUGAGUGCUGGGGCAAGCGCAGGCAUUGCACUGGGCAUUGGGCUGCUCUGCGGGCUGGUGGCCAUGCUGGUGCGCAGUGUGGGCCUCUUCCUGGUGGGCCUGCUGCUUGGGCUUCUGCUCGCCGCUGCCGCCCUGCUGGGCUCCGCACCCUACUACCAGCCGGGCUCUGUCUGGGGCCCCCUGGGGCUGCUGCUAGGGGGCGGCCUGCUCUGCGCCCUGCUCACUCUGCGCUGGCCCCGUCCGCUCACUACCCUGGCCACCGCAGUGACUGGUGCUGCGCUCAUCGCCACGGCUGCUGACUACUUUGCCGAGCUGCUGCUGCUGGCACGCUACGCGGUGGAGCGUCUGCGGGCUGCCCCUGUACCCCCCCUCUGCUGGCGGAGCUGGGCCCUGCUGGCACUGUGGCCUCUGCUCAGCCUCAUGGGCGUUCUGGUGCAGUGGCGGGUGACGGCCGAGCGGGAUUCCCACACGGAAGUGGUCAUCAGCCGGCAGCGCCGACGUGUGCAGCUGAUGCGGAUUCGGCAGCAAGAAGAACGCAAGGAGAAGCGGCGCAAAAAGAGACCCCCAAGGGCUCUCCCCAGAGGCUCUCGGGCUCCUCCGAGGCCUGGGCCCCCUGACCCUGCCUAUCGGCGUAGGCCAGUGCCCAUCAAGCGCUUCAAUGGAGACAUCCUCUCCCCGAGUUACAUCCAGAGUUUCCGGGAUCGGCAGACCGGGAGCUCUCUGAGCUCCUUCAUGGCCUCGCCCACAGAUGCGGACUAUGAGUACGGGUCCCGGGGCCCACUGACGGCCUGCUCUGGGCCUCCAGUGCGGGUAUAGCAGUCCAGCUGCUCCUGCCCGCCUACACUCAUUGGUCACCAGCUCUGCCAGUUUGGGGAGGCCUGCUGGGCCGAGGCUCAGCCCACCUGGCCUUGUGCCCUUUGGCUGUUCCUUUCCCCACCCUGGAGAGGGAUGGCUUGGCCACCAGAUGGAACGACCUGGCUCAGGCUUGGCCUGGCCUGAGGGGAGAGCCCCCUCCCAAGCUCCCCAGGAGUUCCUGAGGGACGCGAGUGUGAGCCCCACUGGGCUGUGCUCAGGGUUGUGAGUGUGUUGCCUGUGUGUGUGCGUGUGGAGGGGUGGGCUUGGAGGGGACCUUGGGACCCUUGCCUUAGAUUUCUGAUUGGUAGGGCUUCUCCAAGGGUGGCCCCACCUCCUCGCCCACUGCUGGGGGUCCCAUGGGCCACUCUCCUGCAUGUCUAAGUGGAGGAGGUCUGCCUUCCUCCCCCAUCGCCUCCACCUCUCAGCCAGACUCAUCUAAGGCUUCUUGUCCUUGUCCAUGGGGCAGACUGCAGUGGUCUUCUCUCUGGUCCCCUGUCCUCUGCAAGUCACCAGCCCAAGGGUAGUGGCAGGGGAUGGGGUGGAGGGUGCUGCUCUGGGCUGGGUCUGGCAAGGGGGAUGGGAGGAGGGGGCUUAAGUGCACGGUGCGUGUUUGGUGUCUGUCAUGCCACUCUGGACACCUCAUGCUUCUGUCUCCUCCCACCCCUCCCUGUUUUACAUCUUUUAUAAAUGUGCCAAACUGUGAGGCUUCUUCCAG